AUGGCGCCUCUCCUCGCGCUGCUCUUCAUGUCCGCCAUUCUUGAGGCUGCAGGAGCGGGCAAUGACAGCUCGUCGCAGAGCGUGUUCAGCCUCGACCGCUACGGCGCCCGUGGCGACGGGAGGCACGACGACACGCAUGCGCUAGAAAUGUCGUGGAAGGCGGCGUGGGCCUCACCACGCCCGGCCGUCGUGCUCGUCCCCAACGGCAGGCGCUACCUGCUCAAGCUCGUCACCCUCCGUGGCCCGUGCAAGUCCAGCGUCACGCUCACGGUGAAGGGCACGCUGGUGGCGUCGCCGGACAGGGUGGACUGGAGCGACAAGGACAGAAGGCACUGGAUCGUGUUCCGAAGGGUCAACAAGCUCACCGUCAAUGGCGGUGGCACCAUCGACGGCAACUGCCAGAAAUGGUGGCCACACUCCUGCAAGAUCAACAAGACUGCCUUGCAAGGAAGCUCCAACGGCUUUGUCAUUCCACUACUGCACCAAUCUGAGAGUGGACAAUCUGAAAAUUCGCCUGCCACGAGCCCUAAUACUGACGGCAUCCACAUCACUCGGAGCAAUGAUGUACGGGUCACAAACUGCAAGAUCAAGACCGGGGACGACUGCAUGUCGAUCGAGAACGGGACUCAUAACCUUCAUGUCUCUAAAGUUGUUUGUGGUCCGGGGCACGGGAUUAGCAUUGGGAGCUUAGGAGACGACUACUCGAGAGCCGAAGUCUCCGGCAUCACCAUAGAUUCAGUGCAACUUCACGGUGCGACCAACGGAGCACGCAUCAAGACGUACCAGGGAGGAAGUGGGUACGCCAAGGACAUCACGUUCCAAAACAUGGCCAUGUACGGUGUCAAGAACCCAAUAAUCAUCGACCAGCACUACUGUGACAAGGCUAAGCCAUGCGUUGAACAAAGAUCAGCAGUGCAGGUUAGCAAUGUUGUCUUCAAGAACAUUAGAGGGACAACCAUCACCAAGCAUGCCAUCAAGAUGAACUGCAGCAAGAAUGUGUCCCAUGCCAUGGCAUUACCUUAA